AUGUCCGUCGUUGGUAAUUCUAUUCGUGACCAACGCCAAGAAGCAGCAGUCACCGAUCGAAUCGAUUGUUAUCCAGAAGCUGAAGCAAAAUAUUCGAAUUUUUCAAAAGAUGCCUGUCUUGCUCAUAAUUGUCUCUUCGACGAUAUGGCAGAUUCAAGUGUUAUUCAAUGUUAUCUACGACCUACUUAUGGUUAUCUAUUACAACAAGAUGUACAACAAACAGCUACUGGAAUACGGUUACGUUUACAACGAAAUCAAGCCAUAGCAAGUCCAUUUCCCGAACCGAUUGAAAAUAUUCUACUCGAUGUUCAAUACUAUACUAACGAUAUAGUCAGAUUCAAAUUGUAUGAUGCUGAUAAUCCACGAUAUGAGGUUCCAAUUUCAUUAACAGCCUCGUCCGGUCGAGCACCAUCACCACUAUAUGAAUUCAUUUAUUCAACAGAUAACACACGUGACAAUCUUUUUUCGUUUAAAAUCAGACGUCGUGCUAAUUUGACUACUCUAUUCGACACAUCAAUAGGUGGCCUUGUUCUGAAUAACCAAUUUCUACAAAUUGUCACUCGAAUUCAAUCACCUCAUGUUUAUGGUUUUGGAGAAAACAAUCAUGAAACACUUAAACACAAUGUUACAGAGCGUAAAAUAUGGGGUAUCUUCGCUCGAGAUCAAGCUAUAAAUUGGAAUAUGAAUGCGAAUCACUACGGUACUCAUCCUUUUUAUCUUGUGAUGGAACAAACAUCGAACUCGACUCAAGCUCCAUCGGGUCAAAUGCAUGGGGUCCUCUUACUCAAUUCGAAUGCCAUGGAUUAUUCAUUUGGACCGGAACCAUCAUUGACCAUUCGAACCAUCGGUGGUAUUCUCGAUUUUUUCGUUUUUCUUGGUCCUUCAACUGAACAAGUCGUUCAACAAUAUACAUGGCUUGUUGGUCGAUCAUUUUUACCACCAUAUUGGGGACUCGGUUUUCAAUUGUCUCGAUGGGAUUAUGGGAAUCUUACACAUAUGCAAAUGGUGAACAAACGAAAUCGAGAUGCAGGCAUUCCACUUGAUGUUCAAUAUGCUGAUAUCGACUAUAUGGAUGCAGAAAAAGAUUUCACAAUCGAUCCGAUUAAUUAUCGUGGACUGAAAGAAUUCUUUUCUCAAAUACGUACUGAAGGAAUGAGAACGGUUGUUAUAUUGGAUCCAGGCACGAUCGAUGAUCAAAAGUAUUAUGCACCAACCAUCGAAGGCAUCAAAGAAGAUGUUUUUAUCAAAUGGGAAAAUGGAACACUAAUGAAAGGUACUUGUUGGCCAGGAGAACUCUUUAUGCCAGAUUUCUUUACGAAUCGAACUCGAUCAUGGUGGUCACGUUGGAUCAAAGACUUUCAUCGUAUCAACUUGACCGUUGAUGGGCUUUGGAUCGAUAUGAAUGAACCAGCAUUGUUCAAUACGAAUGAUGAUUUUGCUUGGAAUUGGAAUAUGACUGGCACAAAUUAUACGUUGAAAUGUCCGCAAAGCAAGUUGGACGAUCCACCUUAUCGUACUAAGGCUGCAUUUCGUUAUGAUGAAACGAUGAAUCGAACUGGACGUCUUUCUGAUCGCACACUGUGCAUGACCGCUCUACAGGGUGAGAUCGAUCCCGGUACUGGCACACCCAAAUAUCGUCAUUAUGAUGUACACAGCCUCUAUGGAUGGUCUCAAACGAAGCCUACAUUAGAUGCCAUACAAUCAGCUACUGGUAAACGAAGUAUGGUAUUACCUCGAUCGACUUUUGUCGGUUCGGGUCAAUGGGGUGGCCAUUGGCUAGGUGAUAAUGAAGCAUCAUGGUUUGAAAUGAAACAAUCAUUGAUUGGAAUGAUAGAAUUCAAUUGGUUUGGUAUUCCAUUCAAUGGUGCAGAUAUAUGUGGCUUUGACAAAUCACCUACUGAAGAGAUGUGUAUUCGAUGGAUGCAAGUCGGGGCUUUCUAUCCAUUCUCUCGAAAUCACAAUAUUUGGAAGACACCUGAUCAAGAUCCAGCUGCAUGGUCUCCGUCAGCUACAGCAAUUAUGGCUUCAGCUCUUCGCAUUCGUUAUACUCUUCUUCCUUACUAUUAUACACUCUUCUACAAAGCUCAUACUCAAGGUUCAACAGUGAUUCGUCCAUUAUUCCAUGAAUAUCCCACAGAUAAAAACACACUCGAUAUUUUCCUACAAUUUCUCGUCGGACAGAACAUCAUGUUGGCACCAGUAACUGAUGAUGGUGCUCGACAAGUUCAAGCGUAUAUACCUUCGUCUGAUUGGUACGAUUACUAUACAGGUGUUCGGAUGUCGCCUGAAAAGCAAUUUAUCACAUUGGAUGCACCAUUAAAUAUGAUUCCGAUUUUUCUGCGAGGUGGUGCAAUCAUUCCUACUCAAGAGCCAGCAAAUAAUACAAAAUAUUCUCGGUGA